AUGACAUCACACAGGUCCUGUACCUUCUCCUGCAGCACAGCCUGGAGCCCGACUCCUGCACGUGGUGGUAGAAAUUACAGCCCAGGAGGCUCCAUAGUGAAGGGUUGUCAGAGGAGGACACGCCCGCCCCCAGGUUCCUACAAUAUAGGAUCCGCUCAGUGGAUAUCUUCUAUAUAAGAUACUUCUACGGAUUUACCUGACAAGAAUGGACAGGAAUAAAAUGGCGGAGAGUAUAAUAAAUCUCACCCUAGAGAUCCUCUUCCAGUUUAGUGGAGAGGACUACACAGUAGUGAAGAAGACCUCUAGUGAGAGCUGUCAGGCCCCUGUGUCUGAAGGAUGGGGAAGAACCCUAAGCCCAACCCUGAUACAUGAGGAAAUAAAUAGAGAGAAGAUCCUGGAACUCACCACCAAGAUGAUUGAGCUGCUGACUGGAGAGGUUCCUAUAAGGUGUCAGGAUGUCACCGUCUAUUUCUCCAUGGAAGAGUGGGAGUAUUUAGAAGAACACAAAGAUCUGUACAAGAAUAUCAUGAUGGUGGAUCACCAGCCCCUCACAUACCAAGUUAAGGAAGAGAUAAGAACACCGGAGAGAUGUCCCAGUCCUCUUCUUCCACAGGAUGAUCAGCUUGUGAAUCCGGGUGAAGAUCUGAACAACAUUAAUCCUACAGAGACAUAUGUGAGGGGCGAUGAGCAGAGCAUAGAGGACCUUCCUACAGAUAACCACCCAGAUGACUGCACUGGGAUCUCAGAGAAACAUCUGGUAUCUUUAGAUUUUGAAGUAGAUGAUCGUGGUAUCACACAAGAUACAAAAGGAGAGCAUUCCAACAUCCAAGAUAUACCUUCAUCCAAUCAUAGAAAAAAAAUAUCAUUUGAUCCUUUUAAACAGGUCCGAUCUUCUAAUUCAUCACAGACUGUAACACAGAAUAAAAGUUGUAAAAGAGGUGUUAAACAUCAAACAGCUCACGUAAGAGGGAAGCUAUUUUCAUGUUCAGAAUGUGAGAAAUGUUUUACCCGUAAAUCAUCUCUAUUUAAACAUCAGAGAAUUCACACAGGGGAGAAGCCGUUUUCAUGUUCAGAAUGUGGGAAAUGUUUUACCCAGAAAAUAUCUCUAUUUAAACAUCAGAGAAUUCACACAGGGGAGAAGCCAUUUUCAUGUUCAGAAUGUGGGAAAUGUUUUAGAUGUAAAUCAGAACUUGGCACACAUCUGAAAACUCACACAGGGGAGAAGCCAUUUUCAUGUUUAGAAUGUAGAAAAUGUUUCAGAUGUAAAUCAGAACUUGUCACACAUCAGAGACGUCACACAGGGGAGAAGCCAUUUUCAUGUUCAGAAUGUGGAAAAUGCUUUUACAGUAAAUCUUCUUUUGUUCUACAUCAGAAAACUCACACAGGGGAGAAGCCGUUUUCAUGUUUAGAAUGUAGAAAAUGUUUCAGAUGUAAAUCAGAACUUGUCACACAUCAGAGACGUCACACAGGGGAGAAGCCAUUUUCAUGUUCAGAAUGUGAAAAAUGUUUUCAUCAGAAAUCAGCUCUUGAUACACAUCAGAGAAUUCACACGGGAGAGAUGCCAUUUUCAUGUUCAAAAUGUGAGAAAUGUUUUACCCGUAAAACAUCUUUAUUUAAACAUCAGAAAAAUCACACAGGGGAUAAGCCAUUUUCAUGUUCAGAAUGUGAGAAAUGUUUUAUCCAUAAAUCAUCUCUAUUUAAACAUCAGAGAAUUCACACAGGGGAGAAGCCAUUUUCAUGUUCAGAAUGUGGUAAAUGUUUUCCCAACAAAUCAGCUCUUAAUAGACAUCAGAAAAUUCACACAGGGGAGAAGCCAUUUUCAUGUUCAGAAUGUGGGAAAUGUUUUAAACAGAAAUCGGUUCUUGUUAAACAUGAGAGAAGCCAUCUUCUUGUUUAGCCAGUUAGUGACCUCCUAUGUGUUUUUUAUGGUGGUCACUAGUGUUGGGCGAGCAUGCUCGGCCAAACACUAAUUUUACUCGAGCAUCACAAUGCUUGGCACAUCGCGGUGUUCUGCCGAAUACCACGGGUGCUCAAGCGCGAUGCUCGAUUCUCCUCCUCGUGCAUUUGUUGCCUGCUACGCAGCCAAUAAACGUGCAGGUAAGUAUUUCCAUUCACUGUAAUGCCGUAGCCAUGUUGGCUACUGGCAUUACAGUGAUUGGUUUGCCGGAACGCGUCAUCGGG